AUGGAAAGGGCUAGAAAUCCCAAAGUCAAUGAUGACCUAGUGUGGAAAAAGACCCCACAUUAUACCCUCACGUUGUUAUCCCCCUCACCAACCCCCACCAACCCCCACCCCCUCACCAACCCUCACCCUCACCAACCCCUUACCAACACCACCCCCUCACCAACCCCCACCAACCCCCACCCCUCACCAACCCUCACCCUCACCAACCCCUUACCAACACCACACCCACAACAGCCCCCACCCCUCACCAACACCACCCCCUCACCAACCCCCACCAACCCCCACCCCCUCACCAACCCUCACCCUCACCAACCCCUUACCAACACCACCCCCUCAACAGCCCCCACCCCUCACCGACACCACCCCCUCAACAACCCCCACCCCUCAACAUCCACACCCCCUCACCAACCCCCACCCCCUCUCCAACCACACCCCCUCACCAACCCCCAUCCAUACCCCCUCUCACCAAUCCGCACCCCCUCACCAAACCCCACCCCUCACCAACCCCCACCCACUCACAAACCCCCGCCUCCUCGCCAACCCCCUUACCAACCCCCACCCUCUUACCACCCCCACCACCUCAUCAAAUGUCACCCCCUCACCAACCCCAACCCCCACCUCAUCCCACCCUCACCUUUUGUUAUUAUUUCAGAGAGUAAGCGCUUUCUCCAUAUUAAGAUGUGA